AUGCCCACAUUCUUAAGCCAACCAGUAUAUAGCAAUUUCAAUGACAUUUUUAGUGGUACGUGUACGAAAAUCGAGUACACGGAGACGGUAGACGAGAGCAGUCUAAUGUCCAACAGUGUGGCUCAAAAGGGAGCAAUAGUCCGCAUCGGAGAACACCUCUACGGCUUCGAAGGCAUUCGCGAUCUAUCCCUGAAAGCGGCCGCAGACGUAGACCGAUUCUUCGGGAGGGAGGCGAACGGCAAUUUGGUUUAUGAGACCCCGUAUCACUUCCUGAACGAGUUCGUUGAGGACUAUACUAACAGCUUUUAUAAAUCGACUCUGAGCCGCUCAGCUCACGAUCUUUCUGAGUGGAAAAGGAAGCACAGCGAUCCACCGAUCAUUGCCCCUUCACUUUCAUACGGAGACCUGCACCCACGUCAUGAGACAGUGCAUGUGGAGAAAGAGGUUCGUGCAGAAUAUGACCCUUAUAAGGAACAACCUGAACACGACCAGGUUAUACUCAAUGAAUCACGAACGUUCAAUCACACCGCAUACCCCUCUGGGCAUGGAGAACAUUCGUUCCUUUCUCGCCUUACUCACGAUAUGUCCAGCUCUGCGCACCUCAUUUAUGAUAAGCUUCACAACACUCUGACCCAGUCGGGUUCCGACUCCUUGUUAGACCGUGGACACUACCGCAUUCGCUCUCUGGACGGUUUCGGAACGCCUAAGCUCCAGGACUCAGCUCCUUUCGAGUGCAAUCAUCAUUUGGUCAGGGACUUUGAAGAUCCUUCGAGUGAGGGAUCGACUGCCUUGGUUUGUGAUGCCGACGUACAGCCUAUCGCGCCGAUGCUUCAGUCAGAAGGGAGCAUUAGAAGUAUGACAUCAUCCAGGCACUCAAUGGUGGACCAUAUCUCGAUCGACCACGAACUUUCCGACGUGGGUGGUCUAAGCACGCCAGUCAGCACCUAUUCAGAUGCGGUUGAACUCAACUACGAUCCGUAUCAGAACGAGACCAGACAUGUCAUUAGCGAGGACCUUGGCACCCAAAUCGUUCGUCGCAGCAGGGAAUCUUUGACCGGGAAUACCACCUUUGGCAGUGACCACGAUGACAAAAGAAGCACUAUGACGAUCACCAAGACGAUGUUCAUCGAUGACACCAGAGAGGGCAGCGAUAUCUCGGACAGUGAGACGCUUCGCCCGCAGCAUUCAAUUGACUCACACUCGGACUCCGACGCGACAAUUGUUGCAAAUGAGCUUGAAACUCUUCAAAGGACGAACGAACUGCAAGAAGCUCAUCUACAUGCGCAUGUUACGUCGAUUCCCAAGCAGCAUUCAUGGGAGAGAGACGAGCUCGCUCGUCAGAAGUCAAACGACGAGGCCGAAGCUCUUCUUCGCGACGUCCACUCCACUCAUCAGGCUCUACAGGAGCAAAUCCACCGUUUAUCCAAUCCGGACGUUUCGAAGUACGAGAUUAUCUACGACACUGUUGCCAAGGAUCCUGAACACAUCUACGAUGCCGUAGCGGAUGCUGGACUUCACCACGCCCAUGGAGCUCUCGUCCUAUCGGAGCCAGUUAAGCGUCCACUCGCUGUCACUCCACCAGUGUCCGAUGAUGUCGCAGCUGACCAAAGCCCUUAUAUCGAAGAACUUCAUUAUGCCGAAAGUGAUAUUUCUAAGCACCAAGUGUAUCACGACAAUGAGGAACACAUCUACGCAGAAAUCGGCCCGCCUCCUCCAGCUCCUCCGAAAAUUGGUGAAGGAGUUACUGACGCCAGAAGAACCACUGAGCCUGAAUAUGCA